AUGUCGAAUGCCGCUUCAGUCCACACUGGACUCUGGACCAACCACCAGCUCAGCUCUGCUCAAGGAGCAACUUUGACAUUGACAACAACAAACGCGGCCUAUCUCGUGGCUUUUCUUGCUUUGUUCCUCGGUUUUGUGGCUGGUCAUUUCUGGGCAAUCGUCUCAUACGCAGUCUUCCAGAUCCGAUCAACUCUUGCGCCACGCAACGGCCAACACCAUCAGCAGCAAGCGAUUCUCCGCAACUAUCACGCCCCAGGUGCGGCGAUAUGGCAGCUGUUCCAGCUUUCAUGGACAACCCGACAACGAAGAGGGGCCGUUGCGUUUGCAUCAGCUCUGCCGGUAACUGUGCUGGCAUUGGUCAGUCUGAUGGCAUUCGGCGCGGCUGGUAUCCUGUCCGCAAAGGUCACGAGCAAAGAGUCAGACGUUUUGAUUAAGAGCUCAGAGUGCGGCUUCUGGGAUAAUCGAACUGGCAUUGCUGUUCCUGGUAACUACAGUCAGCGCAAAUCAUUCCAGGCCAAUGUCGUCGAGGACUUCAAUCUGGCAUCUACAAUGGCUACCGCUUGCCAGCAGAACUCAACGGUUGCAUCUGAUUGCAUCUCCUAUGCACCAAAACAGCUCACGUGGACCACAAGCACAAACGAAUCUUGUCCCUUCGACAAGAAGAUAUGUUAUCAGAACACUACCGUGCGAUUUGAUUCUGGACUACUAGAUAGCACAGAACAUUUCGGUAUCAACGCAGUGAGCUCUGACAGGAUCCAGCUCCGAGCCGUAAUGACAUGUACUCCAUUGAUGCGCGAGGGCUAUGUAAGCGAUUGGCACGAUAUGAAUGGUACUAGAUUUGCACCUGGCCAGCUGCCUGGGGACGUCAUGCAUACGGCGCCUGGAGAGUUAUGGUUGGAGUGGUUCUACGGACCAACUGCACGCAUGGACACAAACUCGACAAUAAUCUACAGUGAUCGAGAAGGUACAGUCAGCAUGUUCGGCACGCAACUCUACUCACUUGCCUCACUCACAUUCGACAGCGCCAAUGAAUAUAUAGUCGGAUCGUGGGGUCGGACGGAACCCAGUUGGAUCCCGAUUCCAGAAUUGAACCGCACCGACGCAGAUAUCGAACUCCUGUUCCUGCGCCAAGUCAAUGGCAUGCAAUAUGCCGAACCCGUGACGGAUCCUUGGUUCGAAUCUACCGUCCCAAUCACAAGCGAGUAUAUGGACCAGCCAGGCCAAUACAAGAAUGUGACAGUGUUUGGCUCAGAAUACCCCAUCAACGCCGUCGGCUGCGCGAGGCAGUUCCAAUGGUGCGAUACAAGUACAGGAUCAAACCCCACCUGCACUGAACUCACCGGCCUCCAACCGGCCAUCACCCAGUCUAGAAAGAUCUUCAAAUCCACCAGGCAACGCGUGACUCUGGAACGCCUGAUCUACAUCCUGAAUUGGGGAAUGGGUUUCGAAGCCAUCGUAGGUGCCAUGGCCGGCAACGUACUUCUCAUGAAUAAAUACGGCAACUACCGCACCGCCUCUCCACGGCCGGAUCAAUGGAUCCAAGAACUCAGCCACAUGUUUGGUACGCUGUUAACGAACUGGCAAAUCAGGAAUUACAGAUACACGGGAGGGUACCAGUCGUCGAUUGACAUCGAGCCGAUUAUUGGCGCGCCGUUCGCGAACGAGACGUGGAUGUGCGAUGCGCAACUCGUGCGCAGAGAGGAUUAUCAGUCGCUUAGCGUGCUGGGACUCGCGUUGAUUUGCGCCAUCGGCGGACUUAUUGUCAUCAUCAAUCUGAGUCUCGACUCGAUUGUGGGAUGGUACCAAAAAAAGUACAAGACGCGCGAGCACGCGACAGCGGAAUGGGAGAUGUUGCAGGCUGAGGCGCUGCAGAGACAGUUGUACAAGUCGCAUGGUGUGGACUUGAGAGAAGCGGAUGCUAGUAUGGCGAAUGUGUUGGAAAGGAUGAAAGAGUGGAGGGUUGGAGAUACCAUGGCGACGCUGGUGGAGAAGAAAUGGACGCUGAAGAGUGUUUCGAGCGAUGCGACGUUGAAGAAUAAAGGGAGUGUUGUGGGUGUUGAUGUAAGGAGGGUCGAUUCGGACAGAACAUCGCCGGUGAGUCCGCUGGCGAGGAGUGAGUUUGUCUAGGCAAGGAAUUAUGAUGAACCUC